AUCUCGGUCCCAAAGUAGGUUAGAUUACAACAACAGUUUUAUACUGUUAUCAUGAUAAGCCGAUAGUGGCUCAUCGACAUCAAUAUGAUGUCAUUUUCUAAGAAGCUUUAGAUUCUUCGUCAUUUGAAAGCGACGCGCCCUUUUCUAUUUGAAAUAAAUAAAACGAUAAGUUGCGUCCGAAAGAUAAAAAUGUCGAAUGUUUAAUUUCGUUUCGUAGAGUUAGCGGUGUCGUGCUUGCAUCACUCGAGGCGUGCGUUGCGACCACUGUAGUCUGUACACAAACAUUCCCUGUGCGGAACGAGCGCUCUUUGUUUUGAAUCAAGUUUCAAACAAGAUUUCUGACAUGUGAACACACAAAAUCACAAUGGGACUCUCGACGAACUGCUGGAAAUAUCUAGUUCUAAUCUUCAAUGUGCUAUUCGCAAUGUCGGCUGUUGUGCUGUUUGGUGUGAGCGGUUUUCUUAUUUACAAGUUGUUCAUAUAUCGGCACUUUAUUGGAGUCAAUGUGGAAUAUCCAGCUAUACUCCUGUUGAUGAUGGCCAUCAUCACAUGCUCCAUAGCUUGGAUCGGUUGGAGAACUACAAAGUCGAUGCAUCAGAUACAUGUUAUCAUUACGGGGAUCCUGAUACUGCUGGUGGUGGUGAUAGAGUUUUCCUGCUUCGUGUGGGCCAUGGUGGUUUGGGAUAACGUGGAGAUAGACAUUAAGUCCACUUUAUCUCAUUACUUCGAACACACCUUGACGAAGACUGAUACUACAGAUGUUGAUAUUAUCCGAUGGGAUAGGAUACAAGUUAAGUUCGAGUGCUGUGGCGUCUCAGGACCCAGUGACUACACAUCGAAAGGCCAAGUGCCCUUCUCCUGCUGCGGACAGGGUCCACUGGACUCACUCCAUAGGCCUUACGCGGCAGACUGCUCAAUGCUAUACCAAAGAGGCUGCGGGAAACCGCUCCAUGACUAUGCCAGGCAGCAGGUGCUGAUGGUGGCCAUGACAGCGUUAGCAGCGUCUAUAUUACAAAGUACCGGAAUUUUCUGUACGUUCUUCCUAGCUCAAUCGAUUAAGGAAAGACGUAGGGCGUCCAUCAGAAAUUCCACGUCCAUCAGAGAUGGGAACUUCGCGUCUCCUGAUGAUUCCUUACUGGCAGCACCCACCGCUCCCGCUCCGACCUUACCUAAGUAUUAGUAAUUUAAGAUAAUAAAAAAAAAAACAUUAGACCCGCCAAAAGUUCCACUACUACUACUAACUUCGUUUAAAUUUAAAGAAUGGAUAGGUAGCGACAGUGAUGUAUUGUAGCUAACUUCAGAUUAAUAAGCAUUUACGUGAAGUUUGCAUUUUACAUUUUUCAUUUUGUCGAUAGGUUAAUCUGAAGUUUUCUUUAAGAUAAAUGUCUCUAUCGACUGCCUUUAUUCGUGCUUGUAAUACUGUCCAGUAGGUACAUAGGUAUUUAUUUUGAAGUAAAAAAAAAACAGAUAAAAAAUAUAGAUUACUUACCAGUUUAUGCCCUGUUAAUAUAAGGUGAAGGUUGUAUUUAUGAGGUUAUGAAAAUUGAUAACAGGCUAUUUUCGGAAUUUUGACACGACUGAAAAUUUACUUUAGAGAAGGAAAAAGCAAUAUAUGUACAAUGUUAUAUUUAUACGACCAUUAAAUAACAGUCACAAACUAUAUAAAUAAUAAUAAGUACCUAAUGAUUCUAAUGUGAAAUUUCAAUAAUUAACUAGGUAGUUCUUAAAAGAAUAACUUUAAAAACGUUCUUGCCACAAAUCAAUAUUAUUUACUAUUGUAUUAUCAUAAGGUAUUUAUUAAAAAUAUUCUAAUGAAACUAUUUAUUUAAAUUAAAAAGCAGCAAACCCCGUCCAUCAUGAUAAUCUUGCGAUCAUUAGCAAGUUAUUAUUAAGAAAAAAAAAUGUCACAUAGUUCAUUCACUCCAAAUCAACUGCAGAAAUGGUGUUACACGGGUUUUUUAAGUAUUUAGAAUCAAUUCUACUAUAUAUUUUCUUGCUAUCUUUUAUAUGUUAAAUGUGACAAACAUUAUUCUAGGU